AUGGGGAGCAUCUUUGCAGACUUCCACGAAGCCCAAAGGGUAGGAGAUGGAAGGAUGUUGGCUGCGUGCUUGGCCCCCAUCGACACCGAUCAUGACCCGCGACGGUUACAAUCAUUCGCACAACUGUCGAACUACCAGACCGUCUCUGCAGAUGUGCGUUAUCAUCUGGUACAAGAUCGCAACGCUGUCAAACUCCCCAAACCAGAAGCCAACGCUUGGGUUGAAAUAUUCGUCGCACUAUGGAAGACCGUCAAGGAGCUCGUCACCAUCCAGGCCAGCGGCACCGGAGACUGGACCAAGGUUUUCGAUUCCUACAAGAAAAUGUGCAACCACCUCGUACGGGGCUAUACUAACUUCGGCUUUCAGUCCUGGACCAUCCCAUGUCUGUACGUUGCUGGCAAAUACUUGCGGAUGAUCGCCUUGAAAGCCGACAGCCAGGACAAGCCCAAGGACUCUGCGGAUGCCUUCAGCAAUGGCCUUUCGGACGACAUCAUGAGUGACACUGACAAGAACAAGACCCUCGAGCAGGCAGCUUGGACCAUCAAUCGCAUGUUCACUGUCUGCCUCAGCGACCGAGCCGAACUUGCCGAGUCGCGCAAAUGGGGUAUCUACAGCACGACAAACCUCCUCUUCAAGACAUACUUCAAGCUCAACUCCAUCUCCUUGACACGUAAUGUUAUCCGAGCCCUCGAAGCAGCACAGUCAGACUUGCCUCCGCUUGAGCUGUUCCCCAAAUCCCACCGCUGCACCUUCAAGUACUAUCGCGGCGUCAUCGACUUUUUACAAGAGAACUACACAGAGGCUGAAGCUAAUCUCACCGAAGCGCUCACACUAUGCCACAAGGACUCCCUUCGCAAUCGUGAACAGAUCUUAACCUAUCUCAUCCCAGCACACGUCAUAACAAGCCACCAAUUACCGACCGCCGAACUUUUAGCACCACACCCCAAACUGUCUUCCUUGUUUGCGCCAUUGUUCAGUGCUAUUCGGAAAGGAAGCUUGUCGCAGUUCGAUGACGCCUUAUCUACCGCCGAGCCCGAGCUGGUCAAGCGUCGAAUAUAUCUGACCCUCGAGCGCACGCGAGACAUUUGCCUGCGCAACCUGUUCCGCAAAGUCUUCUUGGCCGCAGGUUACGAAGAGCCCAAGGACGGCGCUACUCCAGCAGAAGGGGCAGCCCAAAUCCGUCGAACGAGAAUCCGAGUCGAAGAGUUCGAAGCCGGCAUGCGCGUUGGCUACAAGGGCGCUACGGAUGUGAUGAUCGACCGUGACGAGGUGGAGUGUUUUCUUGCAAACAUGAUCUACAAGAACUUGAUGAAAGGCUACAUCGCCAGAGACAGAGGCAUCGUUGUUCUCAGCAAGGCCGGCGCAUUCCCCGGCACAGGGGUCUGA